UAUCAAACACAAAACCACUCUUUCAAGGAAAUGAAAAACCCCUAAAACUACUUAUCUUUGUUGGAAAACAGCAAGGUGGAGGAACUUGUACCUUUCCGUUAUUUCAGGUACAUCCGAAGGGUGAUAAUGUAAAUACGAUGUAUGCUUUCCCUGGCCGCUAAUCAAUAACCAGUUCAGAAAAAAGACAGAGAGAGGCAGACAAAAUCAAAGACGGAGUAACUCCUCUGUACAUUUCCAAGCGUCUUUGACUCUCUUUCCUCGGAAAUUAGGUGUUCGGGCUUUUUUUUUUUUUUUUUUUUUUUUUUUGGUACAUAUUGCUAUUUGUUCUAUAUAUUUGUAAAUACUGUAGCUCAAUUCUUUCCUCUUUUAUACAAUUAAAAAAAAAAACCGCGCGGUCUCUCGAAUAAUUCUUUCUUUAGAAUAUAUAAUCAUUUUUUUGACUCUGUAUCGUCUUUUUCAUAAUUAGGCACCCCAAGAAAAAAAAAAUAAAAAAAAAAUUACUGGGUCUUUAGGAAGAAAUUCGUUCAUUUGGCUUUGAAAAAAUUGUUGGGUGUUUGAGGUAAUUAACAGUAUUUUUUGGCAAAUUUAUUGGCUGUCGUGGAAUUUUUCUCAGUUUGAAUCUUCUUGGGUUCGAUAUGUUGUAACUGUGCACAAAGAGAGAAAAAAUAGUUGGGUAUCUGGUAUACCGGUCAGUUUUUGAGAAAAAAUAAUUUUUUUUGUUUGGUUUCUCUGAAACAAGUGGGUUCUACGGAGAAAAAUCAUUGGGUCUCCGAGGAAAAUUCAAUUGGACUUGAAGGUCUGUUGAUCUGAACCCCUUUUUAUCAGAGUUCCAGAUUUUGAAAGAAGCAAAAGAAGAAGGCCAUGGCUGUCCCAACAAUAGCACUAUACGCGAGCCCGCCGAGCAGUGUUUGCUCGACGCCACACCCAUGCCAGAUCAAUGCGCACGCGUCCUACGAUUUCGAAUUGGGGUCUCGAUCUUCGACUCCGGCGCCGUCGACGGCAUCUACGUCACAGAAGCCGGUAGUCGGCGGGCUUUCGUGCCUCUUCUCUUCCCAUUCGGUGAAGCACGCUUCGUCAUCUUCGAGCUUUUCAGGUGGGGGAGAAGAAUUGGGUUCGCUGUGGCACGACAGAGGGGAAGAAUUGAAGGAAUUGGGUGGCUCUUUUCGCUAUUCACCAAGUAAAUUUAAUGGGGCUUCUUUGAGCAGGGACCAGAGCCCGGUAUCGGUGCUUCAGGGACCUGUUUCGUGUAGCAGUAGUGGGGUUUCAGGUUCAGCGAGAAGUCCACCGACGAAGAUUGCUCGUGAAAAGAGUAGUAGUGGAGAUAUUAAUUUGCAGAAUUCAUAUAGAGGUGGAAGUAGCGGAUUGUUUAAUGGGUUCGUGAGGGGUGCGUUGGGAUCGUCGUGCGUCGAUUACGAUUCGCCGAGCUUUGAGGUGCGAGGGGAAGCUUUGAAUUUGGGUUCAUCGACUGCGCUCGUCGAUGAAUUGACAUUCAAUAUGGAAGAUGGGUUCCUGGAGAGCAACUCUGAGCCAUAUGCUAAAGAUUUGCUUCUGGCUGCCCAAUCACAGCACAAGAUAUUCUGUGAAGAAUUUGUUGUGAAGGCUUUCUAUGAGGCAGAGAAAGCGCAUAGAGGGCAGAUGCGACAAAGCGGCGAUCCAUAUUUGCAGCAUUGUGUGGAAACUGCAGUGCUACUCGCAUUGAUAGGUGCUAAUUCCACAGUAGUCGCUGCAGGUCUUUUACAUGACACGCUUGACGAUUCUUUUAUGAGUUAUGACUAUGUAUUUGGGACAUUUGGAGCAGGGGUUGCAGAUUUAGUUGAAGGGGUGUCUAAGCUAAGUCAAUUGAGCAAGCUUGCACGUGAUAACAAUACAGCAAGUAAAACAGUUGAAGCAGAUCGCCUCCAUACUAUGUUUCUUGCCAUGGCAGAUGCUAGGGCUGUCCUCAUUAAAUUGGCAGAUCGAUUGCAUAAUAUGAUGACACUUGAUGCACUGCCAUGGGCUAAGCAACAGAGGUUUGCAAAAGAAACUUUGGAGAUUUUUGUGCCCUUGGCCAAUCGUUUAGGAAUAUCUAGCUGGAAGGAGCAGCUGGAAAAUUUAUGCUUUAAGCAUCUCAACCCUGAUCAUCAUGAAGAACUGUCUUCUAAGCUUCUGGAGUCAUUUGAUGAAGCAAUGGUUACGUCUGCUAUAAAGAAGCUUGAAACAUCUCUUAAGGAUAAAAACAUAUCUUAUCAUGAUCUCUACGGACGCCAUAAGAGCUUGUAUAGCAUUUACAGCAAAAUGUUGAAAAAGAAGCUUAACAUGGAUGAGAUUCUUGAUAUUCAUGGACUCCGUUUGAUUGUUGAAAAUGAAGAAGACUGCUAUAAAGCAUUGGGAGUUGUUCACGAGUUGUGGUCUGAGGUACCAGGAAAGCUCAAGGACUAUAUAAUUCAUCCCAAAUUUAAUGGGUACCAAUCUCUACACACUGUAGUGAUGGGUGAAGGUACGGUUCCCCUUGAAGUUCAAAUUCGAACAAAGGAGAUGCAUUUGCAAGCGGAGUUUGGAUUUGCAGCUCACUGGAGGUACAAAGAAGGUGAGUGUAAGCACUCUUCAUUUGUGCUUCAGAUGGUCGAGUGGGCACGAUGGGUUGUUACCUGGCAGUGCGAGGCAAUGAGCAGAGACCGAUCGUCCAUCGGUUAUGCUGAUUCAAUCAAGCCGCCUUGCACAUUCCCUUCUCAUUCUGAUGAUUGUCCAUAUUCUUACAAGCCUCAUUGCGGGCCAGAUGGGCCAGUGUUUGUCAUCAUAAUCGAGAAUGAUAAGAUGUCAGUGCAAGAGUUUCCUGCAAACUCAACAAUGAUGGAUCUGUUAGAAAGAUCAGGAAGAGGAAGCUUGAGAUGGACACCUUAUGGGUUCCCAUUGAAAGAAGAACUGAGACCAAGGCUGAACCAUCAACCAGUGAGUGAUACCAUGUGCAAGGUGAAAAUGGGGGAUGUGGUGGAGCUGACUCCAGCAAUACCAGAUAAGUCUUUAACAGAAUACAGGGAAGAAAUCCAGCGAAUGUAUAACCGUGGCUCAACUGUAUCAAGUGCAGGUCCUGCUACGAAUAGUGUGGUUGGCUGGAGAAGUUGACCCUUGUUUUACCAUGUAGCCUAUAUUCUUGUUUUACCUUGUAGUAGUAUUCUAUGUAGUGAAAAUUCCCCUGUUCUUGUACAUAAGUGAUGAAUAUUUGUACAAAACUGCCAUAUGGUUCUGCUAUUUAAUGACACUAACUGGGUCAAACAUUAUAUACAUUUAUUUUUAGAGGUC